GUUGAAGGGCCCAGGAAGGAAACGUCUCCCAUUCAGGACAGUUGGUUCAGUUGUUGCAAUCACAUGAAGACUUCCCUAUAUCUCAGUGCGCGCGUUUCCUGGUGCAAAGACUCUUAAAGUAAAUAUUCAAGGCAAACAGAAAAAGAAGAUUUUAAGAUGGGAUACAUGACAGUGGAAGAGCACAGUUCCACCCUGCUCCACCUCAAAAGAUCCCCGGGUAUCCGUUCUUGGUCUGUUCUAGUUGGUAUAGCAUCUGUUGGGUUGGCAGCUGCAUACUACAGUUCAGACAGCUUCCUGUGGAAGCUCUUCUAUGUGACAGGCUGCCUGUUUGUGGCCAUGCAGAACAUGGAGGAGUGGGAGGAGGCUGUAUUUGACAAAACCAAGAACGAGAUUGAGCUCAAGACCUUCAGCUUGUAUGCAUUUGUUUUGACGUUAUGGAGGAAGGGACAAGAGAGGGUUGUGUUGGAUCUGACACAGCUGUGUGAUGUCUGUGUCCAGGAAGAGAGGGUGCGUUACUUAGGGAGGGGUUACUUGCUAAUGUUGCGGUUAGCUGCAGGAUUCUCCCACCCCCUCACUCAGAGUGCCACACUGGGUGGACGAAGUGAUGUGGAAGCUUUAGGUGCCCUGCUGAAGCGCUUCCUGGGGCUGGAGGAGCUGCAACAACGCAAGCUGCAGGAGUACGAGGCAGAGUAUGGAGAUGACGAAGAAGAUUCUGUGGAUAGCACUGACUCAGAUGAUGAAGCUGAAGAGCAGUGAUGUAUGUGGGGUGUAGUCUAACUCAAAAUGGACUGACUUUGGGCAUUAUCUAAAGACACAUGCUCUCAAUACAUUUUUUUAACUCAAGCAUCUGAAUAGAUACUCCAGAUAUUCUUGCAUAUUUAAAAUAUUUGUUCUUCCAUGAAACAUGUUGUGGCCUUCUUUUAAUGAAUAUUAUGUCUCUUGAACUAAUUACUAUUUGUGAGUACACUCCAGACUUACUGUGCCUUCCUGCUGAGCUCCUAAUAAGUGUUUGUGUGUGAGACAAUGGAAAGUGCAUUUCCCAGAGUUUUCUGGGCCACCCAGCUUAAUUCCUCCUUCUUGCAUGUUUAUUUGUACCGAGUCUUAAACCCAGAUGAAUGCAUGUGCAAACUGUAACCAAGCAUGAAGGACUGUCUGAGCUCGAUCAAGAGUAAAUUAUGUGUGAAAUGA